AUGGCUAAGAGUUUCUUAAGAAGGAUUUCGUCUGUGUUUACGGAUAGAAUCAAAGGUUUCGAUAUGUAUCCGAAGGUGAUCACUUUUACUUAUAAAGGUGAAGAUGAAUUCAAAACAUUGUUUGGAGGAAUAAUCUCAGUGAUCAUAAAAGUUAUUCUUGUACUCUAUACUUACAUGAUGGUCAGAAUCAUGCUUGGCAGGAAAGAUACGUCCAAGAGCGUCAAUACUGUUGUUCAUGAUAUUUUGAAUGACAAUGAUCCAAUAUCCUUGAAAGGCACUAACUUCUCAUUUGCUUUCAAGGUUGAGAGUGAUACAGAUUCAAGCUUUUAUCCUAUCGAUGAACCAAACUAUUUCUCGAUCUUGUUGCAAAAGUAUGCAAGAAAUGAGACAACAAAUUCUAUUGAUGGCAAGUCAGUCUCUUUUUCGUUAUGAAAUGACAGAUUCAACUAUCGAAAUCAGACUGAAGUUCAAAAACUCGGGAUAAAUACCAACUAUUAUUGUCCAGACACUGAUGAUUUCACAGUUAUUGGGAACACAUUUUCUCCUAAAUAUUAAGAAUUUUUUGAUCUAUCCAUUUAUGAUUGUCCUACAGGAGCUUGUC